AUGAACGAUCUUCUUAAGGGUUCUUUUGAGCUACCACGAGGUGAAUCUUCAAGACAAGGUGAUGUUGAGCUAGGGGAACAAGGAGGUGAUCAAGGUUUAGAAGAGUUCUUCAAAAAGGUUCAAGACAUUGACAAACAAUAUGAAAAGCUUGAUAAGCUUCUUAAGAAACUUCAGGCUUCCCAUGAGGAGUCCAAGGCUGUGACUAAAGCUCCCGCCAUGAAGGCAAUAAAGAAGAAAAUGGAAAAGGACGUUGAUGAAGUUGGAAGUAUUGCCCGUUUCAUCAAGGGGAAACUCGAGGAGCUAGACAGAGAGAACUUGGCAAAUAGACAAAAACCUGGGUGUGGGAAAGGAUCUGGUGUGGAUCGAUCAAGAACAGCGACCACUCUUUCUUUAAAGAAGAAGUUUAAAGACAAGAUGGCUGAGUUUCAGGUUCUAAGAGAGAACAUCCAACAAGAGUAUCGCGAGGUUGUUGACAGGCGUAUUUUUACAGGUAUGUUCUUUCUUGAUACAAUUGAUGAGUUGAUUGAAACUGGAAACAGCGAACAGAUCUUCCAGAAAGCUAUUCAGGAGCAAGGACGAGGACAGGUAAUGGACACCUUGGCGGAGAUCCAAGAACGUCAUGAUGCUGUCAGAGACUUGGAAAAGAAACUUCUUGACUUACAACAAAUUUUCAUGGACAUGGCAGUUUUGGUUGAUGCACAAGGAGAAAUGCUUGACAACAUAGAAUCUCAGGUGUCAAACGCGGUAGAUCACGUGCAAUCGGGAAACACUGCACUUCAAAGAGCAAAGAGCUUACAGAAGAGCUCAAGAAAAUGGAUGUGUAUCGCAAUCAUCAUCCUUCUCAUUGUUGUUGCAGUGAUCGUUGUUGGUGUUCUCAAGCCUUGGCAAAACAAGAAUGCUUAA